CAGGUGUUACAAGGCCCUUCUCAGCCUGAUACCCAUACACUUUGGCCUUACUCACCUGUUCCCACCCUUGCCAGGCCUUUCCCACCGUUUCAAGUGACUGUUUGCCCUGAUUGUUCCUGUUGCAGGGUGGUCCCUGCUUAGCCUCAGGGCCCAGCAAUAACACCACCUCCCCUCGGGCUCCUUCCUGGCCAUGCUGCGCCCACUCCAGCCAGCUUGCUGAACUCGGGAGCCGACGGUCCUCUGGGAGGCAUCUUGGGGGUUUGUCCAGGGUUUGUUUUUAUCCUGAGACCUGGACACAGGAGGGGGUCAUCCACCCUGACACCUGGUUCCACUCACGCUUCUCUUAAGAAGCCACAGGGGUUCUGCAGACCACCCCUUCCAUGCCACGCCUAGGGCAGGGGCCCCCGGGCUCAUCCCCCAAUGGUUUGUGGGGGUCGUGGUUCAGGCUCCCUCUCCCCCUCCCCUUCGCACUCCCAGGCAGCCAGGGCUACUGUGACUCGUGUUCAGCAGGGCGGGGACUUGGGAGAGCACAAGAGUUUCUCAGGAAGGAUUGGGAAUGGCGGGAGCCUCACCUCUCCAGGGCGCCCAGCGUCCUCCACACCUGUCCUGCCUGCCCCAUCCCAAGUCCCACCAUCCCUCUCCCAUUCUGCUGCCCAGGCCACCACCUUCUCAUCUGGGGUACCUGCCAUAGCCCUGUCCACAGGUCCCCAUUUUUCUCACCACCCAACCUCCUUCCCACCUGGCCUGGCCUCUUCUCUUCCCCAGCUGAACUGUCGCUCCCCAGAGGAGCUUUUCAGGCGAAGCUCCCCUCCCCCAGAAUGGGCUCCCAUCAUCCAGGGCGUUUCCUUCAGGGAGUCUAUGACAAUGAGAACUUGCCCUGCCUCCUUGCUAACAGGUUUCUCCUGGGAAGGCCAGGAGGGCAGGGACCUGCCUCUGUCCUCUCCCCUAGUGUCCUCAGGAUCUAGGGACCUGCUGACCAGUGAAUGGGGUCUGUGACUGGGUGAGCUCAUCCUUGCAUGACCCACCACCGUGGGAGGGGGACCUAGUCGAUCGCCUUGCCUUCCUCCCACCUGAUCCUGACUGCCCACCACUCAACCACCCAGCUCUGGGGACCUGGGUGGAAAACUUGUUGCCCCCAGAAAUGGAGGAGUGACCCAGCUCCCUCCCAAACCUGAGCCGCAGCCUCACCCUCCUGGCCCCACUCACCCCAGUUCCAUCCCAGGCUUCCUUCCCUCUCCAGCCACCCACGCAGCCCCUCCCCCCAGCCCCACCCUGCCCAGCCCCUCCCAGGUGCCUGUGGUGGAGAGUCGGCUCCCAGGGCACCUCUCACGGGCUCUGGUGGCAUAGCAUGGGGGCUCUAAGGCCCUGGGCCCGAUACGGGCUACUGGCUGUGGCCCACCUGCUGGCCCUGGGGCUUGGGGCCACAGUGCUCCAAGCCCUGGAGGGGCCUCCAGCCCUUCGGCUCCAGGCUAACCUCAGGGCCGAGCUGGCCACCUUCCAAGCAGAGUUCGGGGCCUGCCUGCCACCUGGGGCGCUGGAAGAGCUGCUGGGCACCGCCCUGGUAGCCCAGGCCCAUGGGGUUUCCAGCCUGGGCAAUGACUCCGAGGCCAGGAACUGGGAUCUGCCCUCAGCCCUGCUCUUCACUGCCAGCCUCCUCACCACCACGGGUUAUGGCCACAUGGCCCCGCUAUCAGCUGGUGGAAAGGCCUUCUGUGUGGCCUACGCGGCCCUGGGGCUGCCGGCCUCCUUAGCCCUUGUGGCUGCCCUGCGCCACUGCCUGGCGCCUCUGCUCAGCCGCCCCGGGGCCUGGGUAGCCGCCCGCUGGCAGCUGACGCCGCCCAGGGCUGCGCUGCUGCAGGCAGUUGCCCUGGGCCUGCUAGUGGUUGGUGUCUUCGUGCUGCUGCCAGCACUGGUGCUGUGGGGUGUGCAGGGCGACUGCAGCCUGCUGGAGGCCAUCUACUUCUGCUUCAGCUCCCUCAGCACCAUCGGCCUGGGGGACCUGCUGCCGGGCCGCGGCAGUGGCCUGCACCCGGCGCUUUACCACCUCGGCCAGUUUGCGCUUCUGGGUUACUUGCUCCUGGGGCUCCUGGCCAUGCUGCUGACCGUGGAGACCUUCUCGGAGCUGCCCCAGGUCCGUGCCAUGGUGAAGUUCUUCGGGUCCAGCGGCCCUGUGAAUGCUGAGGACGAAGGUGCCAUCCUAGGCCAGGACGAACUGGCUCUGAGCACCAUGCCACCCUCAGCGGCGGCCCCAGCACAGGCCCCAGCUUGCUGACAGGUGUCGGUGAUGGAGCUGAGCUCCUUUCAGGUGGAGAAGCCUGAGGAGGGAGCCCUGGGGAGUGGCUGGGGAAGCCUCCAGAGGAGGGAAGGGAAGGGGUGGAUGUGAGAACCUCAGGAAAUAAUGUGUUAAUAAAAAAACAGGCAACA